GGCUGCUGGUCGAAGACUUUACAGCGCAACCCCAACUGAGGAAGAAUAUGACGUUGCGGUCGUUGGCGGUGGACCUGGCGGAUAUGUUGCUGCGAUUAAGGCUGCUCAGCUAGGCUUGAAGGUAGCAUGCAUAGAGAAACGUGGAUCGUUGGGUGGAACAUGUUUAAAUGUCGGGUGUAUUCCAUCCAAAGCUCUUCUUAACAAUUCGCACAUAUAUCACCAAGCUAAACAUGAAUUCAAAUCAAGAGGAAUCGACAUCUCGGAAGUCAAAUUAAACCUUCCCAACAUGAUGAAAGCUAAGGAGAGAGCAGUCACUGGAUUAACCCGAGGGAUAGAAGGACUAUUUAAGAAGAAUGGAGUCGUUUAUGUCAAGGGCUUUGGUAGAUUUACUGGCUUACAUGAGGUCGAAGUAGACGGAUUAGAUGGGAAGAACAUUCUCGUUCGUGCAAAGAACAUUAUCAUCGCCACUGGGUCGGAGCCAACUCCAUUUAAGGGUUUAGAAGUUGAUGAGAAGCAAGUAGUCACGUCAACUGGUGCUCUGUCGCUUGAGAAAGUACCGGAUAAAAUGCUGGUUGUUGGAGGAGGUAUUAUUGGACUUGAACUUGGAUCUGUAUGGAGUCGGCUCGGUGCGGAUGUUACUAUUGUUGAAUAUUUAAAUGCUAUCGGAGCUGGAAUGGACGGAGAGACGGCCAAGACGUUUUCACGUAUAUUAGCAAAGCAAGGCCUCAAAUUCAAGCUGGGCACAAAAGUAAUUUCCGCAUCAAAACGGGAUGGCAAAAUAUAUGUCGACGUUGAACAGGCCAAAGGCGGAGAUCAAGAGACCCUGGAAGCUGAUGUUGUCUUAGUUUCCAUUGGUCGCCGUCCGAAUACAGACGGCUUAGGAUUGGAGAACGUUGGUAUAGAAGUGGACGAGAAAGGCCGUGUAAAGAUUGAUUCUCAGUUCAAGACCAGCGUACCCCACAUUAGAUGUAUCGGAGACGCUACUUAUGGUGCUAUGCUGGCUCAUAAAGCCGAAGAGGAAGGUAUCGCCGUAGCCGAGUACAUUGCCGGUGGACAUGGCGAGGUAAAUUACGAUGUUAUUCCUUCGGUAAUUUAUACUCAUCCCGAAGUAGCGUGGUGUGGUAAAACAGAAGAAGAGAUCAAGUCGUCUGGUCGUCCAUAUCGUGUUGGUACUUUUCCAUUCAUGGCUAAUUCGCGCGCUCGGACAAAUGAGGAUACCGAAGGAUCCGUCAAGCUCAUUUCUGAUGCCGAGACAGACAGAAUACUUGGAGUGCAUAUAAUUGGACCCAAUGCAGGCGAGAUGAUUGCUGAAGCAGUAUUGGCCAUGGAAUAUGGGGCCAGUAGUGAAGAUAUUGCUAGGACUUGCCAUGCACAUCCAACUCUCUCCGAAGCAUUCAAGGAAGCUGGUAUGUAUCAGACUUAUGCUUCUUCGCAGAUUCCAACAUAUGGACUUAAUUUUUCCUAUACUUUAUAG